CUUCCUGGAAACCUCCCCAUUGACAACAUAGCCCCUUUCCUUGUGCAAUACGUGACCAUUUUCUCUUCUUCAACGCCACAAUCUCUCCUAUAUCAUCACCAAGCUCCCUCUUUCGAUCAAAAUUUCUAGUUCUCUCUCGUUCUUUUUUCAUAUAUUUCCAUGGCUGCUUCUUCAGGGAGCUUAGACACGUCUGGAAAUUCACACCCACAAAGCAGUAACAACUAUUUUUCUUUCAGCACUAAUAGUUCUAAUAACUACCCUUUCAUGACCUCUUCUUCUUUCACUGAUCUUCUUGCUUCAAAUGGUGAAGAACCCAUUAAUAAUAACACAGGUAAUAGUAAGUUGGCUGAUAGGAUAGCUGAGAGAACUGGCUCUGGUGUGCCAAAGUUUAAGUCUACUCCUCCUCCUUCUUUGCCUUUAUCCCCUCCUCCUGUUUCUCCUUCUUAUUACUUUGCUAUUCCUCCUGGUUUAAGCCCUACUGAGCUCUUGGAUUCUCCAGUUUUGUUAAACCCUUCUAAUAUUUUGCCAUCUCCAACAACUGGGACAUUUCCAGGUCAGGGUUUGAAUUGGAAGAGCAGUUCUGGUAAUAUCCAGCAAAAUGUCAAGAAAGAAGACAGGAGUUUCUCUGACUUCUCUUUCCAGCAACCAGCAAGGCCAUCCACAACUUCAUCAGCCUUGUUUCAAUCUUCAAACUCCACAGUUCAGCCUGGACAGCAACAAACUUGGGGUUUUCAAGAACCUGCAAAGCAAGAUGAGUUUGUUUCAGGGAAGAGUAAUAUGGUAAAAAUGGAAUACAAUUCUAAUUCCGUGAAGAGUUUCUCCCCUGAGAUCGCCGCAAUUCAAGCAAACCCUCAAAGCAAUAAUGGGUUCCAAUCUGAUCACGGUAAUCAACCACCACAGUAUCAGUCUGUUAGGGAGCAGAAAAGAUCAGAUGAUGGGUAUAAUUGGAGGAAGUAUGGUCAAAAACAAGUUAAAGGAAGUGAAAAUCCAAGAAGUUAUUACAAGUGCACAUUCCCCAAUUGUCCAACAAAGAAGAAAGUCGAGAGGUCUUUGGAUGGACAAAUUACAGAGAUAGUUUACAAGGGUAGUCAUAACCAUCCUAAACCUCAGUCUACUAGGAGAUCAUCAUCAACAGGAUCUAAUCCUGCAAUGAUUCCAGCUCCUAAUAGUAACUCUAAUGAGAUUCAAGAUCAGUCAUAUGUUACUCAUGUUAGUGGACAAAUGGAUUCAUCAGUUGCCACUCCUGAUAAUUCAUCAAUUUCAAUUGGGGAUGAUGAUUUUGAUUCACAAAAGAGUAAAUCAGUAGGUGGUGAUGACUUGGAUGAGGAUGAACCUGAGGCCAAAAGAUGGAAAAGAGAGCGCGAGAAUGAAGGAAUCUCAGCACCUGGCAGCAGAACAGUAAGAGAACCAAGAGUUGUAGUUCAAACCACCAGUGACAUUGAUAUCCUUGAUGAUGGGUACAGGUGGAGGAAAUAUGGGCAGAAAGUGGUCAAGGGAAAUCCAAAUCCAAGGAGCUACUACAAGUGCACGUUCCAGGGAUGCCCUGUAAGAAAGCAUGUUGAGAGAGCAUCACAUGACCUCAGGGCAGUGAUCACUACCUAUGAAGGAAAGCACAACCAUGAUGUUCCUGCAGCUCGCGGUAGCGGCAGCAGGUCAUUGCAAGACCACAGCAACAAUGGCAACAACAAUGCAGCGAUGGCAAUUAGGCCAUCAACAAUAAACCAUGUUUCUAGCAAUCCCAUCAACAACCCUAUAAGAAAUCAAAGGGCACCACCCACAGCAACACCCGAAGGUGACAUGCCUUUUACCCUAGAGAUGCUGCAAAGUCCAGGAAGUUUUGGUUUCUCAGGAUUUGGAAACCUCAUGGGGUCUUACAUGAAUCAAUCAUCAACAGAUGAAGUUUUAUCAAGAGCCAAAAGAGAAUUGGAAGUAGAGAGUUUUUGGUAGGAAACUACUGCAAAAGAAUCACACAAUGAAUAAGAAAGUACUCGUCAAAUCCAUUACACAUUAAUUUGCAUUCAGUUUGUUUAAUUUGUUUGUUGUAUAUUUCUUCUACAACUAAAAAAGGGAUAUGGUCUUGUUUAUAUUUCCAAA